GAGGAGCGAAGGAGCUAUGCUGGCGUCUCUGGCGUUCCGGCCGCUGCCGCAGGGGCUGGCGCGGCUCCUCCGAGCGCGGCCAUGGUGGUCGCCGUCACGUGCGACCUACGGGACUGCGGCGGUGGCUGUGGCUGAGGGGGCCGGGGCCACCCGGCUGCGGCUGCUGCCGCUAUUGGCCGCCAGGGGGCGCCGUGGGCUCGCGCCGACGCCAGGCGCGAGGCUGUCAUGGCGGACCGCUGCCUGCAGGGGGCGACAGGGGGGCCCCGGGGGCGAACCCCCGGUAGCGGGGCCGGUGCCCGGGGGCUCUCGCCCCGCUUUGCCAAUGGGGCCGGUGCCCGGGGGCUCUCGCCCUACUUUGCCAAUGGGGCCGGUUCCCGGGGGCUCUCCGCUGGUUGUCCCGCCAGGCCCCACUUUGCCAAUGGGGCCGGUGCCCGGGGGCUCUCCACUGGCUGCUCCGCCAGGCCCCACUUUGCCAAUGGGGCCAGGCCCAGGGCGCUCUCCCUUAGGUAAUGGGCCAGGCCUAAAGGGCACCACCGCAGCGGAGAGGCCAGGGCUGCCUGUUCCAGGCCUGGCCGCACUGCAGACACCCCGGCCACCUGCCACCGGCCCGGCCAGCAGUGGCUGCCUUGUGCCUGCAACAUCGUCCAGCCGUAUGGCAUCCCUCAGAGAGCCGACGCCGUGGCCCUCGGGUGCAGAGCAGCGCUGCUGUCAUGCGGGAGACCCCGGCGGGCAUCAGAGUGGAGCUGGGAGCUGCUCCCCGGGAGCAGGGCUGCCUGCCCUCGUCGCUGCGCUGGCUUACUGCUACCUGCGGGACCGCCUGUCCAAGGAGGAUGCUCUUCUGGAAGCUGCAAGGAUUAACAACGUUUCAGAAGUCAAGAGGUUGUUGGAAGAAGGCACAGAUGUGAAUGCAAGGCACAAGCUUGGCUGGACGGCUCUCAUGGUGGCAGCCAUCAGCAGGCACUCCAGUGUGGUAAAGGCUCUGCUCACAGCUAAUGCAGAUCCAAACCUUGGGGAUGAUUUCAGCAAUGUGUAUGAGAUUGCCAAAGAAAAAGGCCUCCAUUCCUUGGAAGUCCUUGUCACCCGGGAGGAUGACUUCAACAACCGUCUCAACGUCCGAGCCAACUUCAAGGGCUGCACAGCUCUGCACUACGCAGUUCUGGCUGAUGACUACCUGACAGUCAAACUGCUGCUGGAUGCAGGUGCCAACCCCCUGCAGAAGAAUGAAAUGGGACACACACCCCUGGAUUACGCCCGUGAAGGGGAGGUCAUGAACCUUCUGAGAGCAUCAGAGGCAAAGUUCCAGGAGGAGCAGCGCAGGAGAGAGGUGGAGGAACGGCGGAGAUUCCCACUGGAACAGCGGCUAAAGGAGCACAUCAUUGGUCAGGAGAAUGCCAUAGCCACAGUGGGGGCAGCGAUUCGGAGGAAGGAAAAUGGCUGGUAUGAUGAGGAGCACCCGCUGGUGUUUCUUUUCUUGGGAUCAUCUGGAAUAGGUAAAACAGAGCUGGCCAAGCAAACAGCCAAGUACAUCCAUAAGGACAUCAAAAAGGGUUUCAUCAGACUGGACAUGUCGGAGUUCCAGGAGAGGCAUGAGGUGGCGAAAUUCAUCGGCUCACCACCCGGCUACGUGGGCCAUGAAGAGGGAGGACAGCUCACCAAAAAGCUGAGGCAGUGCCCAAAUGCUGUGGUACUCUUUGAUGAGGUGGACAAAGCCCACCCUGAUGUGCUCACCAUCAUGCUGCAGCUGUUUGAUGAGGGCAGGCUGACAGAUGGAAAGGGGAAGACCAUUGACUGCAAGGAUGCCAUCUUCAUCAUGACCUCCAACGUGGCCAGUGAGGAGAUUGCCCAGCACGCACUGCAGCUCCGGCAGGAGGCCAUGGAGAUGAGCAAGAAAAGGAUUGCAGAAAACUUAGAGGAUGUCCAGAUGACUGACAAGAUCACCAUUUCCAAGCAGUUCAAGGAAAAGGUUAUUCGCCCCAUCUUGAAGGCUCACUUCAGACGGGACGAGUUCUUGGGGAGGAUCAAUGAAAUUGUCUAUUUUCUUCCUUUUUGCCACUCAGAGCUCAUCCAGCUGGUCAACAAGGAGCUCAAUUUUUGGGCCAAAAAGGCCAAGGCAAGGCACAACAUCACCCUGCAGUGGGACAGGGAGGUCAUGGACGUGCUGGCUGAUGGCUACAACCUUCACUACGGUGCCCGCUCCAUCAAACAUGAGGUGGAGCGGCGCGUGGUGAACCAGCUGGCAGCUGCCUACGAGCAGGACCUGCUGCCACGGGGCUGCACCCUCAGGAUCAUCGUGGAGGACUCGGACAAGCAGCUGCUGAAAACCACAGAGGGAUCUUCCCCCAGCACAGAGAAAUCCAAGGUGCCGACCCUGCGGCUGGAGAUUGUGGAGAAGGACCGCAAGGCCCGGAAACUGGAGAUCCAGGCGCCGCUGAACCCCAAAAACAUCACUUACUUCUUGUGAGUGCUGGGCACUCCUAGUGACAAUAAAACACCCCAGGAGCUGGAGCGAGCGGUGUCAGAGAGGGCAGAGCCACAGCCCUGCCACCGCUGGGCAUGGACACGGACAUGGAUAGGGGCAGGAGCUGCCCUGGGAUGGGCACGAAGGGCUCCAGGGGUGCAGCUGUGUGUGACAAGGGGCCCUGGUGCCAUUCGGGGAUGGGGCAGUGGAUGGUCCUGGGGUUUCACAGGGUGGUGGAGGUUUUUAAGGAAGGGGGAAGCAAACUGCGGACCAUGUGGGAACUUGGCAUUCCCGUGGGAGGGGGCUUGCUGGGUCAGCUGGGCUGGCAAGGUGAGGAAUGGGAACUGAGUGAGGAUAAAAGCCACCAGGCACUUGCUCUGUACUUCCGUUUCUUUAUGGCAAUAAACAUGCAAUAUGCAUCCAA